UGGGAAAGCCUGCUACAGAGAGUGCGCACAGAUAGACGUGCAGAUGCUCUCCUCUUAUGGCACGCGGACGAUUCAUUAAUAUAUGCUGUGUGUGCACUUGAGCUGAAGCGCUCAGUGUUUGGAAGCCAGGUCCUGAUUGGCCAGUUGGAGGCUACCGGAAAGGACCGCAGGAUGAUCAGCCCGCAUGCAUGGAUUCAGGUCUGAGCCAAAAACCGCGAGGUGCGCAGCACGAUGGCAAGUAGCAAAACUUCGACACUGUCCAUGGUGCUGAAUCAGCCGUCGGUGUCACCUCAGUCUGUCAGAGGAGCGAUGGCCCUGUGAGCGUUAUCUUUUCUACCACAUGUUCGCACCUGGACUCACCGAUGAUCAGUGCUUCCAAGGAUGAUGGAGGUCGACAGUUUCAGCCAAUAGAUUUAGCCGAUUAUCGGAUUGUCUCAGUUUGCAUAAAAAUAUGGAGGAAGGACUUGUGGAUUUAAACCCUGAAUGAACAAUUUGUGUCGCUCACACGAUGUUUCUGAAAAUGUCGUUUGUUACGUACUUUCGCAGGUGAUCUCUUUCCUGACCGGCUGGAGUCUGAUUCUGCCUGUAAGCGUUCAUUAUUCAUGAGAGGAAUUCUUACACGUUAUAAAAAAUGAACUGCAGUAAUUCAGUCACCUUUGAUUUGCGGGUCUUUUCGGUCUAAGAAGAGCACAGCAAUAACCGCCAAAGCAUGGCUCGUCUGCUUGUUUUGGUCAACUUCGUGGUCCUGUUGCUUUAUGGCAGCGACAUGUUCUCGGUGGGAGCAAACCGACCACCAACUCCUGUCAAUGUGUCUGUCACGCAACUGAGAGCCAACUCAGCAACUGUAUCCUGGGAGGUUCCUGAGGGGGACAUAAUAAUUGGCUUUUCCAUCUCACAACAGAGGCAGGAUGGACAUACGCAGCGAUUAAUUCGUGAGGUAAACACCACCAGCCAUUCUUGUACUCUUUGGGACCUAGAGGAGGAGACAGACUACAUCAUCCAGGUCCAGUCAAUUGGUCUCUAUGGGGAGAGCCAAGCCAGCAAGAAAGUCCAUUUUCGCACCCUGAGAAAGUCAGAUCGCUUCCCUUCCAACAGCUCCAACCAAGAUGACCCCACUGUGCAGGGACUGGACAAGUCUCGGCAUCUGCAAACAGGAGAGAUGAUCAUAAUUGUGGUGGUUUUGGUCAUGUGGGCAGCUGUUAUUGCCCUAUUCUGCCGGCAGUAUGACAUCAUCAAAGACAAUGACUCCAGCAACAAUAAGGAGAAGGCCAAGCCGUCAUCAGAAAGGAGCACACCAGAGCACCAUAGUGGAGGAUUGCUCAGGAGCAAGUUUCAUCCUUCUGUGCCGUCAAUCAACAUCAUUGACGUCUGAGAAGAAGGAAGCUGAUGUUAAAUUUUAUUCUCACUCUCUCACUUCCAUCAGUUAAUUUUUUUUUUGUAGCUCUCCAACUGAUCAGGGAAAAAGUGGGAAAAGGGGAUUUUUCUCUGGGACAUCAUCAGUGGAAAAAGUGUUGACAAAAAUCACACAUGCACGCACCCAGUAUUUGUAGGAAAACAAGCUAUAGAUACACACACCGAACACCAUCCAGAAAUCCUAUGAAAUCUCCACCCCCCCUACACACAGACACAAGGUACAGUCGCUACAAAGGUAUAUAAAUUAAUGUUAACCUUUGGUGCAGUUCACCAUGGGUUAACAUGGUGAUGUCUUUGUUGCGUGCUUGGCAUGCUAUUGCAAUACAAAAGUCGCAAUACAGCUUAUCUCUAGGAGGUCUGUAGUUGUAAGUUUAAAUAUGCAGUGUAUUUUUGAUAUUGGCAUGUACAAUUAGAUAAUACAUUCACCUAUUAUAGAGACCUCAGCUCUAUAUAUUUCAACAUUUUUUUUCCAUUGCAAAUAGUGUUAAUACAGUGCCUAAUCACAAAUGUAUAAUGCUGUCUGACCGAUGUGAAUAUGAGUAGAUCUUUAAGAAGAGAAAGCAGCUACACACAUCUACAAUUCAUUUGUAAGAGCUACCAUGCAUGUCUUAGAUUUGCUGAGAAUUCAAAUGAAAAUUUAACAUUCUGGAAAACCUUAUAUUUUUUCAUAUUUCAUACAAAAAACGUGUUUGUACAUAUUUCAUACACUUCCUAAAUUAAACUGCAUGCAGGUGAUCUGUGUGUAGAGUAGUGCUUGAUGUACAUGACCAGUCAAACAUUUGGACACACCUUCUCAUGCAAUGCUUUUUAUUUCUUUGUAUUAUUUUCUACAUUGUAGAAUAAUACUGAAGGUUAACACUUUUUGUUUACAAUGCAAUUCCAUAUGUAUCCUUUUAUAGUUUUGAUGUCUUCAAUAUUAACUCUCUGUACAUUCUCAGUUAGAAGCCAAAAAUGGAGAAAUAAAUAUGACUGAAGUACUGUA